AUGGCACAGUACACCUACGUUGCUACUACCGCUCCAGGUCGCGUCGAGGCGUUGCAAAAGGACAUACCCACCGAGAUUGGACCAGAUCAGGCCCUAAUCAAAGUGGAGUAUUCCUCGUUGACGCCGUUCGACCUGUAUCAAGCAGACAGUGGGUUUUAUGUUCAGCAGUACCCUGGGCAGUUUGGAUUGAAUGCCAGCGGUACUGUCUCAAAGGUUGGAGACGGAGUGAACGACUUGAAGGAAGGAGACCGAGUUGUGGCAUUCUCGUAUAACCCGGUGUACAAGGGAAUGCACGAGUACACUGUUCAGCCUAGGUCGGUCAUCGCAAAGGUUCCCGCAAACCUGAGCUUGGAGGAAGCUGUUACCAUCCCGGACAACUUGGUCACUUCCUUCUACACCUUGUUCAAUCAACUCUCCCUUCCCUGGAGAGAAGAUGAGUUCCCGCCCAAGGAAACACCUCCCAACGCGAACCGACCCAUCCUCAUCUACGGCGCUGGUGCUACCUCUGGCCAAUACGCCAUUCAACUUCUCAAGUUGGCGAAAUACACGAAUAUCAUUGCCGUCGCCUCGUCAAAACACACAGAAUAUCUCAAGUCAAUCGGAGCCGGUCAUGUCGUCGACUACCGCAGCCCCUCGCUCGUCGAUGACGUCGCCAAAGCUGUUGGCGGGGACGGCAAAGUCGAACUUGUGGUGGACUGUGUAUCGCUGGACGAAUCGUUCGAAGCGAUCGCCAAGGUCAUUCGUCCGGGAGGGAAGCUUUCUUUCCUUGGUCCACUCAAGCACAAGGGUGAUCUGACUGGAGGCUCGGAGAUGUUGUUCGAGGCGCCGCCUGUGCUAGCUAACCAGUUCCCGAAAGAUGUCGAGUUUAUUGCUGUUAGGACAUUCUUGUACCAGCAGGACGAGCGCCUGGCUAACACCUUGAUGCCUGUUAUCGUUCCGCGCUUAUUGGAACAGGGGCUCAUCAAACCCAAUGCAAUUGCGAUGCACGACAAAGGGCGCUUCCUGGAACUCUUCAACGAAAAGCCUAGGGUCUUGCCUUUGUCAAUGGGAAGUCGGAACUAUGCUACUGAGAGCAGAGUCGCCUCUGCUUCAGCAUCUCCCCGGAAGCCCCAUUUUGACAAGAUCCUGAUUGCAAACAGAGGUGAAAUUGCAUGCCGGGUCAUUCGAACUGCUCGCAAACUCGGAAUCAAAACUGUUGCUGUAUACAGCGAUGUCGACAAGGAUUCGCUUCACGUCAAGCUGGCGGACGAAGCGUACAACAUUGGCCCUGCUCCUUCCGCUGAGAGUUAUCUCAGGAUGGACAAGAUUAUUCAGGUCUGUCACCAAAGUGGUGCACAGGCAGUCCACCCAGGCUACGGGUUCCUGAGCGAGAAUGCAAAGUUUGCCGAGCAACUGGCAGCAGAAGGGAUUGUAUUCAUUGGCCCACCAGCCAGUGCUAUCAUCAGCAUGGGCUCGAAGAGCGAGUCGAAGAACAUCAUGUCGAGCGCUGGUGUUCCAUGUGUCCCCGGCUAUCACGGUGACAAGCAAGACCCCGACUUCCUGUUUCAAGAGGCACAGAAAAUAGGAUUCCCUGUCUUGAUCAAGGCCAUCCAUGGGGGCGGCGGCAAGGGAAUGCGAACUGUCCUCGAGCCUACUCGAGAAGCCUUCGAAGAGGGUCUACUUUCUGCCAAGCGAGAGUCCCUCAAGUCUUUCGGCAAUGAUACCGUUCUUGUGGAGAAAUACAUUCAACGCCCACGACAUGUUGAGGUCCAGGUGUUUGCCGAUACGUUGGGCAAUGUGGUCAGUCUCUGGGAGCGAGACUGCUCGGUUCAGAGACGAAACCAGAAGAUCAUUGAGGAAGCCCCCGCACCAGGCCUAUCUCCAGAGCUUCGCGCGGACUUGAGCGCAAAGGCAAUCGCUGCCGCACGAGCUGUCAAUUAUGUUGGCGCUGGUACUGUCGAGUUCAUCUUCGACAACGAUACCCAGGACUUCUACUUCAUGGAAAUGAACACCCGGUUGCAGGUCGAACAUCCUGUUACUGAAAUGAUCACUGGGUUAGAUCUCGUAGAAUGGCAACUUGAGGUUGCGGCAGGAAAUCCUCUGCCUCUCUCGCAGUCUUCUAUUCCCCUCGUUGGACACGCGUUCGAAGCCCGUAUCUACGCGGAGAAUCCACGAAACAACUUCCUACCAGACUCUGGAAAUUUGCUGUAUCUAUCCACCCCUCCACCCACCCAUGUCUUCGCCCCUACGUUCCCUUCGAGGACCGCGGAAGACGGUGCCUCAUUGCUUGCCAUCCAACCCUCGAUCGACCCUUCCCUCAAGCCUGCUUUGCGUAUUGAACAAGGGUUCACCCAGGGGGCGCAGAUUGGAGUCUUUUACGACCCUAUGAUUGCCAAAGUUGUAGUUCACGGAAGUGACAGAACCGAAGCAUUGCGGAUGUUGAGAAAGGCACUGGAUGAUUAUCAUGUCGUUGGUGUGUCCACGAACGUGGAGUUCCUUCGAACUUUGGCUGGAAACUCUGCCUUCAUCGAGGGCGACGUCGAGACUGGGUUCAUUCCUAAACACUUCCAAGAGUUGUUCCCUCCUCUCCCCGAACCUUCACCCGAGGUCCUGGCCCAAGUCGGGCUAUUCGUCGCCCUUCGCGAUGCUGAAGGGCAUCACCUCAGAUCUAACCAGACCUCACCCUGGUCAACUCUCGCAUCCCGGCGAUUCGGCGGAGACAAGUACCGACGAACAAUCACCUUGCAAACUGACGAUGCAGCAGAGACUCCAAUCACCGUUGAAAUUUCACCCGUCGAAGGACACAAAUUCGACGUCGUUGUCAACGCGCCUUCUGGUAAACACACAUUCUCGUCUGUCCCAGCUCAGUUGGUGGACUCGACAACCUUGUCGAGCCAGAUCGGUGGUCGAUUUGUCAGGCCGACUAUCGUUUCGCAGCCACCACCGCCGGGUCUCCCAGCGUCGCAGUCCCACAACAGCAUGGAGAGAGUGCAUAUUUUCAGUGACGGACAAAAGACGUCGUUGGUUAUUCCCUCGCCCAAGUGGCUGCAGUCGCUCGGAAGCGAUGUGCUCAACGCCCACAAGGGCGGAUUGCGAGCACCCAUGCCCAGUUUGGUGGUCGAAGUCAGAGUCAAACCAGGAGACCGCGUCGAAAAGGGCCAAGCCGUCGUUGUGUUGGAGAGCAUGAAGACCGAGACCGUCUUGAGAAGCGAUGUUUCCGGUAUUGUGAAAGCUGUUGGAUGCAAGAACGGGGAGAUGGUGGAGGAGGGACGAGAACUUGUGGAUAUUGAGCCUGAAGAAGUCGCAGCAGAUUAA